AUGUCGUCAGGCGGAUACUACAUGGAAUAUCUUUACAGCCUCUGCCGGCGUCGUGGCUGGACAGACCCGUCCUACGAGAUCUACCACAGCAAGGCGGGCUUCGAAUGUCUUGUUUUGGUCAAUGGUCGUGAGUAUCAGACCGACAUAGGCUAUGCCACGGAUACCCUGGCCCAGGAAAACGCAGCCAUGCGGGCGUUCAUGGUUUGCCAGAACUUCAGCUCCAACGGUGGCAUGAUGGCCCGCAACGGCAUUGUACAGGGUCUGCCCGUGGAUCAGUCAAGCCGUGGAAGUAGCAAGCACAGCAAGACUAGCAGCCGUCGUCACGGUUCUUCCCACCAUGGAGGAAGCAGUGGACGUAGCAGCCGGAGCCACAGAUCCUCGGGCCAUCAUUCGAGCAGCAGCUCUACUACAUCCUUCGAGUAA